AUGGAAGCUGUAGCUCGAAUCCUACGAUCGCACGGCUUCUCAAUUGACCCAGAUGGAACUGGCUUUGAAUCCGAUGAGGUUAUACACACACGAGGGGUCAACAAUGGGGAUAUAUUUGUGUUCCCCUCAGGGUCACUUGUGGCAUGGUCUUUACCCCAGGAUGUAGUUACAGAUUUGGCAACCAAGACCCUAUUACCAGCCGCUAUCGAUUCACAUGUGACCGAUGUUGAGAUAGAAGAUCUGGAAUGUGAGGAGGACGCUAAACGCGAGAACAGCAGUAUAAGAGGAGAUAUCAUUGUGCUAGGGACGAAGGAUUCGCCAAAUACAACUCUUGCAAAGAUUGCCUUCUCUUCUGGCCUUGCUAGGUCGACAAAACUCGCGGUCCUCGAGACUAUGUUGUCAAAGUACUUCGAAUCUACCAAAGCCAUACCUACAUUACUCUCAAGAGGGUCAAGGCUACCUUUUAAUAGGCAAUUCAUGUUACAAAAGACUGGGGAAUUACUUGAUUUACGGGCCCGGCUAAACCACUAUUCCGAGCUCACAGAUUCACUCCCGGAUUUGUUUUGGGAUAGUAGGCAUGAAUUAGGUCUAGAAGGGUAUUAUGAUCAAGUUGGAAGGGCUCUUGAUGUUGGUGUACGGAUCAAGACUUUGAAUCAGAAAAUGGAUUAUGCCCAGGAGAUUGCAACAAUUCUUCGGGAGACGAUGAGUGAGAAGCACAGCAUCCAUCUAGAGUGGAUCAUUAUUGUUCUCAUUGCUGUGGAAGUAGGCUUUGAGCUUCGGAGAUUAUGGAAGGAACGAAGUGAAAGACUGGAAAGGGAAAUGGAGAAGGAACACGGCACAUGA